CACAUUACUCUGCUCGGUACUUCACAAUCUAAUCAACCACGCUGAUAAAAAUGAAGGCAAGUCCGCAAAAAGGAAAUCACCAAUCGCCCACAUGAAGCACUUAACCGAAUCUCGUAAAUCACGAGAAUACGAAAAAGUUCCACGCAUUCAAUUAACCUCGUUGGAGACUCGCAGCCUACCCAAGCCGUGCGCGGCAAAAUGCACUGGGAACGUUUGUGACCUCUAGCUUGAAGUCUCGCAUCGCGCGUGAAUUGAGAUUCAAGAUGGCAGCGGCCUUGUGAGAGGGGUUUUUUGAGCUCAAAGAAGUUCUGAUCAUUCUGCACAAAGUAGCAACUCAUUAGAACCAGGAUGGCUGUCAAUGCCAGCCUGUGGCUCAAGUUUGAUCCGUUCCACAUCGGUGCACUCCAAGUGUCGCCACAUCCAAAACUCUCCGUCCAUUACUUACGGAAGAUAGCUGUGUAUGCAAAGACGAAAGGCAAGGCAGGAUUUCCCAAUCUGAGUUACCCUGUAUGGAAACAUAUUGCAUUGAAUAAACUCAACAUAUGUGAAGACCUAGCAUGGAUGUUCUUUGAAGGUUAUGACCUGCUUUGCGAGUGUCCAGCUGAGACCAGACUAAAGCUCGCUGAGAAGCUUCAAGGUUGCAAAACACCUCAAGAGAAAGAAUUUAUCAAGAAUCAGGCAUCGGUGGAUACCCUGGAGUUCUUGAUUUAUUUGUUCAUUCAGCAAGUCCACAAGAUAUCGCUGCGUUCCUCACUAGUCUCUGGAGAGGAAUGGCCAACACGACCGCGAUCACCCGAUGUAGACAGCAGGGGAGGAACAAUCAACUCCAAGAGUUUGGAUGAAAACACCCACAUGACCUUCCUACAGACUCACCUCAGCGACAUGCUGUCACUGCUCGUCGAAGCCGAUCCCUAUGCUGGUUCAGCCACCGAUGUUCUCAUGUCUCUUCAGUCAGUGCAGGCCAUGAGCUUCAUAUUGGAAGGAUCGGCGGAUGGUAAUAAGACAGUGAAGCCUAUCCAUGACCUGGCCAAAACACAGGGUCUUCAGCUCAGGAGCGGCUACUCAAAGAUCACGUUAGCCUUCACAUGUCGCACAUUCGAGUCUUGGAUCAGGACUAGUCUGGUUGCCAAUCCAUAUGGUGUAGCUGCAUGCAUCUCGGCUGGGCACAGACUCUCUUGGCCUACUGCAGGUGCUGAUGGAGAUGCAGCAAAGAGGGGUCGCAUGGCAACAAACGCACAGAAAGCUCCAUCCAAAAGCAAGUUGGUGAUAUUAUCGCAGAUCUGUAAGCAGACCCUAGCCAAGAGCUCUGCAACACUUGUCAAUGCUCGGGUCAAAGUUCACAGAUGCCAUCACGCCUUCAUCUACCUAUUGUCGCCCCUCAAAUUUGUGAGCAUAGAGAAGUGUCGUCACUCCACCAUUGUGCUCGGGGCAGUGGAGACCACCGUGCAUCUGAGUGGAUGUGAAGACACCAAAGUCAUCACUGCGACACGAAGAUGUAGUGUCAGCGGUUCGACCCUCUGCACCCUCCACCUGCUGACGCCCACCCGGCCCCUCCUACUGGGUGGGAACGAUGCCAUCACCCUAGCCCCCUACCACACCCACUAUCCCACAAUGCAACAGGAUAUGGCCCAGGUAGGGGUCGGCGAGCAUCCCAAUGUGUGGGAUCAACCCCUGUGCAUUGGACCUGAUCACCAAGAAGACAACCCAGUGUAUGAGCUGAUGAAACCAAAAGACUUCUUCACUUUUGUGAUUCCCUUUGAAAUGCAAGGAGAAACAACAGAAAUACCUGGUGGAUUGCCAGCAAGAUUUGAGCGGGCCCUGACGGAACGCAACCGACAGAUCCAAAGUUGGCAGCAGAUGGUGAAGGAAGCCGGCUUGUCCUCGGCCAAACGAAAACAAUUCCAAGCUCUGGUGGAGAGCAGAUUUCAGGCUUGGUUGGAAGAAAGUGGACACAAGAGGGAGCUAGACAGCCUUGUGCCUGCACAUGCCUCACUGGCAAAGUAAAAACUAUUUACAGACGCAAUUUCCCAUGGAAUGGUGGUGGCACAUGAUGUCGUACCUGAAGAAGAUCACUUAACCAGUUCGCGCCGAAUGACGUGUAUACACGCAAAGGUUUUGCGGUAUUUGGAACGGAUGACAGAUAAACACACAGGGAG